GCAAAUUUACACCAAGACAGCGAAGGAGUCCAAAAUAUCUGCUUGGAGCAAACAAAAACAUACUUUCUUUCUUUAAAAUUGAAACUAGGAACUGUUUAGCAGUGCUAUGAUGUCACAGUUUACAGCUUUAAACAGCAUAUUUGCUGAUGAUUCUUUCCUUAGCCAGCAGGAGAUCCUUUGGCCUCUGCGUCAUGUAGCUCUAUCCUCUCUGCAGCAGAACCUCUUAAAUCAGAGAGCCAAGGUAGCUGAAAGCCUCUUUAGGGAGCUCCACGAAGGACCACAGCUCCUUAAACUAGCACAGUUUCCUGUAAUUUCAUCCACUCUGAAAAGACUAAAUGAAAACAGAGAGCAGAAAACAGAGGCAGUCAGCACAGAGCUGCACAGAGACACAGAACCGACCAGUGACAACAGCGAUCUUCUCGUGACCUUAGACGCCCGGGGCUAUGCUCCAGGGGACAUCACUGUUAAACUCGAAGGACGAAGUCUGGCAGUCGUAGCUAUGAAACAGGCCGGUGUGGAGGACAGUCAGUCCUGCUCCUCCUCUUCCUCCUCCUCCUCCUCCUCCUCCUGCGCCUCCUUUUCCUCCUUAGCUUCAACCCAGAUGGGCUUCAUGCAAAGAAUAGAUUUGCCCGCUCACCUGGACCUGUCUGGCCUCUCCUGCUCUCUGAUGGAUGAUGGGCAGCUUCGGAUCCAUGCCCCCGUGACCAAGCAGCCAAUCAGUGAGGAGCACGAGGUGCCUAUCCGGUACAGAACAUCGCUGGAAUUUCCAAUUAAAAAUUAGAACAAAGAAGAGGAACAUAAAGACUGAAGCUGCAGACACAGUCUCAAAGUGGGACACAUUUCUGAUAAAUGCACCCAUACUUCCACAGCAAUACUGUAUAAUGAGUAAAGUUUACAUCAAUAUCUUAAAAACGUAUUUUAAAUAUAUUUUGUAACAUUCUGAAAAUGUAUAAUUUAUUAAAAUAAAUAAAGGCAAACGUGUUUAAUAAAUUC